UCGGGAUGUGACUGCAGCCGCGACAGCUUCAGCGUGCUUCAGCGCCAGAGAGACGGGGAUCGGUGUAUCAUUCGACUGCUGGCGUCGCGUCCGCGGACUUGGUCACGGUCCGCACUGCCGCGGCACUGCCCACACGCAUCCGGUACACCGGUAGUGACACCUGUUGAGGGCCCCCACGAGAUCGCGGAGCGGUCUAGCGGUGUGCGUCGCGGAGCCGCCGCUCCACUGUAUCAUCGUCAGCGGACAGCACCGCCAUGGGCACCCCAGGGGCGUCGUCGGCGUCCUCGCAACCGUCGGCCCGCCUCGUCGCCGUCCUCGCGAUCGCAAUGCUCGCCGUCCAUAGUGCAGGCGCAGCGAGCGUCCUUCGCGCGGCACCGAGGGCCGCCUCUGCCGCCGCCGAGCCGAGCGCUGCGACUGACUCGCCGCUGCUGGAGUCGACGCUGGCGACGCUGGCGACGCAGGGCGAGGAGCUGGACGCCGCCACCCUGCAGGCCCUGAGCGCCCUGAGCAGGCUGGGCAGCCUCCAGGACGACGCCGGCACGCUGGAGAUCCAAGUGCCCGGCGACGUGUGGGGCCUGGCGGACUCGCUGCUGCGCGACGGCAACAAGCCAAGCGAACGGAUUUCCGUUCCAUUCCUGCCGUCUAUUCUGCCUCACGUGAACACCUCAUGCUCCUGCCAAAAUUGGCAAUGUAGCUGCUGUGCUACGGUGGAAAUCACUCCUCUGAAGAGAAACAAAACAGGGUGUGCAACUUUGUCUUAUGUAAAAGACCAACUGGCGGUUGUUCUUCGAUUGUCACUCAAUAACAGGACUCUAGCUGAGAGAGAGUUGAUAUCAGGAUCGCAUCCUCCUCCAUUCUGCUUCCCAGUGCCCCAGCUACCAGUCAUUACAGUGUGUCUGCGUUUUAGCAAUAUCAGCCUAACAAAUGAUGCUAAAAUUCAGGCAUGUGCUGCAGUAGAAAUGGGGCUUGUCUUUACGUCUCCCUUGAUUCGGCUCCGAUUUGGAUGUCUUCGGAUUGGGCCAGGGGGUGUUGGCUGGUCUAGCAAACCUGUUACUCAUUCAUUGAACUCAGGGGCUGAUAUUGAAACAGAUGCAUUGCAGCAAUUCGCAGCUGCUAUAAAUGCCACAGACAAGGAUCAGCAAUUUUUACUUCUCCAAUCUAUUUUAAGGCAAGACAGUGGCGUGUUUAGUGAACCUCAACCGGUUCAGCUCUCAAGAAGUUCCAAAUCGACAUGGCCAAACUAUCAGCAAAGAAUUCGGAUGAUACCUGACUAGAAGAGCCCUUCCAACAAACUUGAUAGGAAAUAGCACAAGAAACAAAUUUUCUUAACACAUUUAUUCUUGUGAAAUUUCAUAACAAAACAAACGUGCUCAGUAAAUAAAUAUUUUAAAAUCACAAA